UAUAUACUACUUUUUCAAAGACAACAACAAAGUAGAGAAAGAGAGAAGAAGAAGAACAAGAGCAGCCAUGGGCGUCUCCUUGCUUCCUGCUGCUGCAAGAUGGCUAGAAGGCAAAGUGGCAGUAAUCACAGGCGCCGCCAGAGGAAUUGGGGAAUCCACAGCAAAACUCUUCUUUAAGCAUGGAGCCAAAGUGGUGCUUGCAGACAUCCUAGACGAUGUCGGUCACUCUCUUUCCCGCCAUCUCUGUUCUUCGUCAUCUUCAUUCGUCCACUGCGAUGUAACGAAAGAGAAAGAUAUUGAAAAUGCAGUUAACACAGCUAUUUCCAAGUAUGGAAAGUUAGACAUCAUGUUGAACAAUGCAGGCAUUUCUGGAACUCUCAAAUUCAACAUUCUUGAAAACGAAUUAUCAGACUUUCAAAAGGUACUCAAUGUCAACUUACUUGGAGCGUUUUUGGGCACCAAGCAUGCAGCAAAGGCAAUGAUUCCAGCUCGUCAAGGUAGCAUAAUCAUAAUGGCAAGUGGUUGCUCGAUCAUUGGUGGGAUUGGGCCAUAUGCGUACACGAGCUCAAAGCAUGGCUUGUUGGGAUUGAUGAAAAAUGCAACAGUUGAUUUAGGACGAUAUGGGAUAAGGGUUAAUUGUGUGUCGCCCCAUGUAGUGCCCUCGCAGAUGACUAGGGAUCUAUUUAAGCUUGAAGAUGGCGAUGAGUUUCCUAAUGUUUAUUCGCAUUUCAAAUGUGGAGAUAUUUUAAGGCCAGAAGAUAUAGCUGAAGCUGCUUUGUAUUUAGCAAGUGAUGCAUCGAGAUUUGUGAGUGGACAUAACUUAAUUGUUGAUGGAGGCUUCACUUCAGCAAACCAAGGUCUUUGUUCCUACGAAUAAUAAAGUUGAAUACAAGAACUACUUGUUUCAGACUUCAAGUUCGUUCCUAAACUUGAUUAUAGUCUUUCCUAAACUUGAUUGUGGAUUAUGUUCCUAGUUUUGUUUGUGUGGUUUGUGUCUCAAUUGAGUUAUUUCAACUUUUAUUUGUCGCA